AUGAUAGAUGCAGAUAGAUCUUUGAGCAUAUUUGAUGAGCGGUUAUGCUCAUUUACGGUUUCCACCGUGCCCAUUACCCAGACAAGAAAUGGAGGUGGGAGUUUAAAUAACUCCUCCUCCAUUCCAUCGACUCCCAGCACCAGCCAGGAGGACCUUCAGAUCAGUGUUCCUCCCACUGCCAACACACCCACGUCAGUUUGCAAGCAGUCCGUGCGCUGGUCCAACCUGUUUACAUCUGAGAAAGGGAGUGACCCAGACAAAGAGAAGAAAGCCCCGGAGAGUCAUGCUCACACCGUCGGGAGCGGCAGAGCCAUCCCCAUUAAACAGGGCGUGCUCUUAAAGCGAAGUGGGAAAUGGCUGAAGACAUGGAAAAAGAAACAUGUCACCCUGUGUUCCAAUGGCAUGCUCACCUAUUAUUCAAGCUUAGGUGAUUAUAUGAAGAAUAUUCAUAAAAAAGAGAUUGACCUUCGGACAUCUACCAUCAAAGUCCCAGGAAAGUGGCCACCCCUAGCCACAUCGGCCUGCGUGCCCAUCUCCAGCUCUAAAAGCAGUGGCCUAUCCAAGAACAUGAAUGGUCUACGUAUCUCAGCCAAUUCAGACACUGGGCUGGGUGACUCCAUAUGCAUGAGCCCCAGUAUCUCCAGCACCACCAGCCCCAAGCUCAGCCCGCCCCCUCCUCAUGCCAAUAAAAAGAAACACCUAAAGAAGAAAAGCACCAACAACUUAAAAGAUGAUGGCCUGUCCAGCACUGCUGAGGAACAAGAAGAAAAGUUUAUCAUUGUGUCCGUCACUGGCCAAACGUGGCACUUUAAAGCCACGACGUAUGAGGAGCGGGACGCCUGGGUCCAAGUCAUCCAGAGCCAGAUCCUGGCCAGCCUGCAGUCAUGUGAGAGCAGUAAAAGCAAGUUCCGGCUGACCAGCCAGAGCGAGGCCAUGGCCCUGCAGUCGAUCCAAAACAUGCGUGGGAACUCCCACUGUGUGGACUGUGAGACCCCGAACCCUAAGUGGGCCAGUUUGAACUUGGGAGUCCUCAUGUGUAUUGAAUGCUCAGGAAUCCACCGCAGUCUUGGCACCCGCCUUUCCCGUGUGCGAUCUCUGGACCUGGAUGACUGGCCAGUUGAGCUCAUGAAGGUUAUGUCGUCUAUUGGCAAUGACCUAGCCAACAGCAUCUGGGAAGGGAGCAGCCAGGGGCAGACAAAACCUUCAGUAGAGUCAUCAAGGGAAGAAAAGGAGCGGUGGAUCCAUUCCAAAUAUGAGAAGAAGCUCUUUCUGGCCCCAGUGCCCUGCACUGAGCUGUCCCUGGGCCAGCACCUGCUGCGGGCCACCGCUGAUGAGGACCUGCGGACAGUCAUCCUGCUGCUGGCACAUGGCUCCCGUGAGGAGGUGAACGAGACCUGUGGGGAGGGAGACGGCUGCACGGCGCUCCAUCUGGCCUGCCGCAAGGGGAAUGUGGUCCUGGCACAGCUCCUGAUCUGGUACGGGGUGGACGUCAUGGCCCGAGAUGCCCACGGGAACACAGCGCUGACCUAUGCCCGGCAGGCCUCCAGCCAGGAGUGCAUCAACGUGCUUCUGCAGUACGGCUGCCCCGACGAGCGCGUGUAGUAUCUGUUUUAUUUGACUGCAGUCUCCUUGGUGCAAAAAUAAAAUGGGAAAAAUAAGGAUAACUCACAAUUUCAAAAGGAAAUCACAAAUUCAGCUAAUAAUACCAUUUUCAGUACUUUUCGUAAACUAAGUAAAUACACAAAAUGUUGAUUUUUCUGACCAUAAGACAUAUUUUAUGUCCUUUUGCCAAGGUGGAUGUGUUAGUCUUAGGCCCUCCUGGGCCAUAUUGUCCAAGUCACACAGGCUUCUGUAUUAUGUAUUUAGAUAAGAUGUGUGAAAAUAUAUUUGAAAAAACAUUCAUAAAUAUGCAUUGA